UGCCAGUAAAUCGAAUGAAAAGCAGAGCAAGUCGUUUCAAUUGAAUUAUUACACAAAAGUUUUUCGAAUAAACGACCAAGUAAUUCAAAGAUUUAGUAAUUAACGGAAAUGAAAUUCAGUGAUUAAAAAGCAUUCCUUUGAUAGUGAUAAGAAGUGAUAAGGCGACGACAAUGACUAAUGUUGCAAAAAAGAGAGAGUUUACUGAUGAGUUCGACGCGGCUGUAUCUGUGCUGCGUGCCUUGGUGGCAUCCAAAAAGGGACCAUCCACCGUGCAAAGUAUUCUUGCAGAUUUUCGAGAACUCGAGGGAAGCCCGCUGAUGUACAAAAAGUUCGGGUUUCCGAAUGCAGACGAAUUUUUGAAGUGCACUGGCGAAUUUGUUUUGCAAAAUCGGAUGGGCGAGACAAUCAUUUAUGUAAAACCAAGCAAGGAGUCUGCGCACAUUCUAAAGAUGGUCGCUGCCCAGAGGCCGUCCAAAACCAGAAAGUCUGGAUUUUCUGUGAUGCGUCAACCACAGAAGAAUUACGGCGGUAGCAAUUGGAAUCCCAGCGUAUAUAACAAAAUAUAUACUACAAUGCCUUAUCAGUCCAAGAGGUACCCUCAGAACAAGUACCUUCCGCACCAGCAGGUGCGUUACAACAACACGAACACUAAUCCUUUGAAGCAGGUUUUUCAAAGUAAUCAAGCUGCUGUGCGAUAUAAUAACAAUCGCAACUAUGGAACUACUCAAAAUUCCUACAGCCACAAUCAGCCGAAAUCACCGUUACAGCAGCAGAAUGUUGUGUUUAACUACCAACGGGUUAAUCAGGCAGAGCCUAACAACAAUAACUCAACUGCCAAAAAUCUUAACAAAUCAGGACAGCCACCAACUUAUAGUUUAAAGUUACGAUCGAACGAGCAGCCAAAGCAAUCUUCAGAUGGUUUUAAACAAUCACGUGAUACAGGCUACAAUAAUUCUGCAAAAACUAGUGUUACGGACACUAGUCACAGAACGAUUGAGGCGAAUCAACCAUUUAUCACACCUCCUUCAGUUCCAAACGUUUCAUACCCAUCACCACCAGUACGUAGCGUCAAUACUCGACUGCAAAUAGUAAAUCACAGCUCUCCUACGGCUGCUCCAAUGUUGGAACCCGCUUUUCCCAAACCAGUCGUGUCCAACAAUAGUAUUCCGCGACAAGAGUUUCCUCCGAUAUUGCCGGUGAUCGAACCAAUAACGCUUAUUCUACCUCCGCCGCCUCCGGUUAUUCAACUACCAACGCUUCCCGGACAGAAGACGCUUCAGGACCGACUGAAAAUGAACCAGAAGGUUGACAGUGCAGAUCUGGAAAAGGUUGCAAAAAUCAUUACACCCCAAUCCUCGCCAGCUAAGACAUCCGACCCGGGCCCUAAGGUGUUGUCUGCUCCUCCGGUUGCCCCCUUUUUGAAUCAAUCGGUGCUGCACGCAAUAAACCCUGGCGCAACGCCAGUCGAAUUGCUAGCUUCGCUAGCGCAGAGCAAUAAGUUCGCUCCACCAGUCUACAAAUAUUAUAAACUCAAAAACAAGAGAUUCCAAUGUCGAGUUACGAUCAAUGGAUCAACGUACGCCUGUUAUCCGAAUGAUUUCGCUAACGAGUUCGAGGCUCAGUUUGCGGCCGCCCAAAUUGCUAUCGACAACAUCAAACGGGACGAGGAGCGCAACAGUUACUCGGUUUGUCUUGAUUCGGACUACGAAGUUGCGUUGAAAAUUUUCGACUUACUGGUUACCUGCUCGCAUGGAAUGUUCAGUAAGAACAUUCCAAAUGCAUUCCGGAACCAGUACAAGGCGCUGCUUCCCGAUCAUUGGGAAUCGAUCAUCCUAUCGCACACGCGAAUGUUCACACGGGAGGAGACAGCGAGUAGCACGAUCGUUUACGCCAACGUUCGGGAGGCUAAUCCGGAGGGAACGGACACUUCUAAUACUUCUGAAGCGACACGGAUGAAGGCAAAUUUGCUUACACUGCCGUGGCAGGAAAAGUAUUGGAGUGUGUACGUGACUAACCCGGUCUCAACGGUGGAAAUAUGGGCGCGACUGGUUGGGCCCGACUACAGCGAUAAAAUGGAUGCUUUGCUGACCGAUAUUGAGUUGCAUAUGAUGGAUGAAAAACCGAAACCGAAGUCCAUUGUCGUCGGUGAAUACUACUUGGUGUGUACGAAUGACUGCUGGUUCCGUGUUCGAGCGGAGGAGUUGGAUUUCGGUGAAAAUAUCUGUCUUUGCUUCUUCAUCGAUAUCGGGGAUUGGGAGCGAGUUUCGUUGAACGAUAUUUUCGCCUGCAAAUCGGAAUACCUUGAGCUGCCGGCGCAGUCCGUCUGUUUCACACUUCACGGGUUGGAAGAUUUCGGAGAACAUCCAAAGUCGAAACCACAUCUGGACAAUUUGAUUUCCGGAAAAGUUUGCAUUGGAGAAAUUUUGACUGCCCGCGAGGAUUACGAAAAAGAUAGUGAAAACGAUGCGGCUGACGGCAGAAUUCAGAUGAUAUUGUAUGAUACGUCCUCGGAGGAGGAUAUCAAUUUGAAUUCCGUCAUUCUGAAGCAGGUGUGCGACGAUAUGCCGACGCCAGAACUGAAUCGGAAAAGUUUGAAUAGUGUGAUUAUCACACACGUUGAUGAGUUCGGUGAUGUACACUGUCAGCUAAAGGACGACGCCAUGGUUUACAUUCAGAAACUCAUCACAAAUCUAGUGCUAUCCAACGCACUGGAAGCCAAACACCGCGGUUUGGCUAAAACGAAAUCUUCCACGGGCCAACAGCUGUAUCUGGUCAGGAAGGAAACCGAUAAGAAAUGGUACCGGGCAUCGUUCGUCGCCGAAUCCUCGGCUUCACUCUGUAAAAUGUUACUCGUUGACGUGGGGGUAAAAGAACUGGUUGAUAUGAACAAUAUAUAUCGUUUGGAAACGCUAAGCGUUGCUUUGAAUCGCUAUCCUGCGCAAGCCAUUCAAAUGCGAAUGUUUAACAUGGAAGAGAUGAACGAUUAUCUGCUGUGUCGACUUCGUGCUCUGCUGAAACCAGGGUUGACCGCUAUGGUCAAAGUGGCUGCAUAUUCGUCCGUCCCAUUAGUGAAGAUUUACAUGCAUGCCGAACCGAACAACAUUCUAGUGUGUAUAAACGACAGCAUUCGCACGGAGCUGGAGCUGGAAAUGAACUCGGAACUGAUCAGCAGUCCACGAAUUCUUCACAACGAAACUACCAGCUCUUCGGGGGCAAGCUCCGCCAAGCUGAACACCAGUUUUACGUCCGAUUAUUCGUUUGCUAGCCAAGAGGCGGCAGACAUUUCGAAAACGUUCAAUAAUUUAAAACUCAGCAGUAGUCCCGUUCCGUCCCAGGUGAUACCAAAGCUACCGAAGUUCCAGGUACCGGCCGUGGGCCAACGAUUUGACGUUAAUGUAACGAUCGCUUCCAGUCCGAAUUAUUUCAUCGUUCAGCCGUACAUGCAGGCAAUUGAACUGCAAAGGAUGAUGGUCGAACUGCAGAAAUAUUGUAUGACCGAAGCUAAACAUGUGCCGAAGGACAGUAUUGAGAAGGGUGAGGCGUAUGCUGGCUUGAAUAGCGAUGACGGUAACUGGUACAGAGUGUUGGUUGUCAAUAUAUUAUGUGGGCCAACAUCGAUUCACGUUUACUUCUGUGAUUUCGGUCAAAUCCGAAUAAUGAACAGCGAGUCGCUGCGAAUUUUGCCACAAAACUUGCGAAAACUUCCGCAGCAAGCGGUGAAAGCUAAACUGUACGGCGUUCAACCGCUGCAUACGGAUUGGAGCGCCGAGGAUGCGGUGCGUUUUCAGCAACUAACGGUGGAGAAGAAAUUCGCUGGCCAGGUUCGCAGCAUACACGUUGACGAAAUAAACCCGAACGACGACAUAGUUGAGCUGACGUUGAUUGACGUAUCGACCGAUGAAGAUACGCUGAUUCAUCAAGUUUUGGUCAACGAAAAACGAGCGAUAUUUACAGGUAGGUAGAAGGGGGGACCAACACGAUCAACAGACGAAUAGUUCUGUUGGAGUUAUCAAUGAAUUGUCGUGUUUUUUGAAAGUUUCUGUGUGAUAUUUUAGAAGAACAAAAAAAUACCGACACGUUUGACAGUCUGACUAAAGUUAGUGAUAUUUUCGAAUCUAAUAAUUUUACGAAAAACUCUAUACUGAGACACGAGAUGCUCUUACUUCAUCAAAGGAGUAAUCCUAAUAAAAUUAACCUCUCGAAACGAAAUAUUCAAAAGGUUAAGUAUCACGAGAUAACUAUUUAUAUGACUUGAUAAAGGUUUCCAUUCCAUUAGAUAUUAUGACCGACACAUGAGCGAUUUCUUUGCAUCUUUACGACAUAAAGCAAUUCUCAAUUGCCAAAUUCUUGUUAACAAUACAGAUAAUCAGCAUAGCUAAUAUUUACGAUUAUCUAUCCGCAAUAGGAAAAAAACGAAAGGAAAAAAAAAACAAUGUGAUUAUUCAAACAAUAACAAGCACUAUUAUAAUAAUUUAUCGCAAAUUGAUCUACAAUUAAAAGUGCUAUCCUCGGUGGUGGUACUGCAUAUGAAAUCCAAAAUCCUCCCACAUAUAGGAACAUAUUUAUUUAGAUGUUAUUUUUCCUUGCUGUUAGUAUUUAUUAUAUUUCCAAACUGUUGUUAACCAUUAUUAGCACCAUUAACUAUCGUCACUCUUAAAUUAUUGCUUGCGAGUGACUUCUUUUUUUUGUGUUUGUUAAGUUUUCUCGAUCCGUGAUAGAGUACUACAGGUAUUACCAGAAUGCUGAUUAUUGAAAAAAAAAACUUCAAACCCAGUAGAACACUGUUUGCUUUCGGUUUACUUGUGGCGUCAAAGGCUAUGAUCUUUUUAUUUUUUUUUAUUUUUGAACUUUCAAUACAACACCUUUUCUGGUAAUUAUUGUCGAAAUUUUACAUUAGUAAUUGUUACUGAGUGCCUUGCAAAAAAAGAGAAAAUAUGACUUACUUUUUAUCACGUUUAUGUCUACCUACUCAGUAGUUAUAAUACGAAUAUAUAACAAAGA